AAAAGAAAACAAAAAAAAAGAAAAACAACAACAAUGGCAGAUGCUGUGUGAUUUUGUAAACAUAAACACAGCAGUGAAAUAAAUAUUUUUUGUUUUUCAAUAAUUUGUUUAAUAUUGUAGCUAAAAUUUAGUUAAAAACUAUUUCAAUUGCAAACUAAGUUUAAGCCUUAACUUUAAUAAAUAAAAAACUAGUAAAAAAAUCAACAGAUUCUUAGUAAGAAGCUUGUUAGAAGAAAAUGUUUCCACUUUACAAAGAACCAGUUAACAAUAUCGACUGCUAAUUAAAUUAAUGCUGACAUAAUGUGGACGGACGCAUUACUAUUUUUAUAAAUGUAAAUAAAUGAAUUUAUGACAGCAACCCAAACGACUAGUGGUAAACUACAGCAUGACACAACAACAGCAGCAGCAGCAAUACCAAGGAACCAUAUAAAUGGCCUAAAAAAAAGAAAAUCUUAAGCAAAGAAAUGCAAUUUUUAUUAAUAAAAAGCAUUUUAUUUUAAUUUUUUUUGCUGCUACAAAAACACACACACAUAUACACUGACAAAAAAACACAGCAACAUAAAAUGCCUUCUAUGCGUUUUGCUAGUAGAUUAGUUACCAGAACACUUUUGCUUUUAACAUUAUUGUUAAGUGCUUAUAAUGAAUUUUUCAUUUAUUACUUUAAUCGUAAUUCUUGGCAAGAAAUCAAUUGUAAAUUGGAUAACUGCACUCGUAUGCUUUUAAUAGCCGAUCCACAACUUUUGGGUUUAACUUAUGACAAAUCAUUUUACAGUGGUUUGGCUAGAUAUGAUUCAGACAGAUAUUUACAGAAGACUUUUCAACAAGCUUUAACCUUUACCAAGCCUCAUAUUAUUUGCUUUUUAGGCGAUCUCUUGGAUGAAGGCAACGUAGCUUCACCCGAUGAAUUUCAAAGUUAUGUGCAAAGAUUUCGUAAUAUUUAUAAAACCGAAGAAGAUGCUAGACUUAUACACAUACCCGGCGAUAAUGAUAUAGGCGGUGAGAAUGGUGAAUAUAUAUCAAAUCUCAAUAUACGACGCUUUGAAGAGGCCUUUACACAACGUGAUAUCUUCGACUAUAAUCUAUUGCGUUUCUUUAAAAUCAAUCGCAUGAUGUUGGAUUUUACAAAUCCCGAUCGUCUGAAUAAUAAACAAAAAUUACGUAUUGGCCUAUCACACGCACCAAUUUUAAUAGGUGGUGGCCCUUUGUUAAGAGCCAUUUUAACGGAAUUAGAUCCACAUAUUAUAUUUUCAGGACAUUGGCAUGAAUCUCGUAUAUUUAUACAUCCCUCCACAAAAGUUAUUAACUUUUACGAACCUAACGUUAAGCAUUUCAAUUUGAAGACAUUAAAAGAACAGCAACAUAGUUAUUUGGAAAUAAUGGUGCCCACCUGCUCGUAUCGUAUGGGUAAAACAAAUAUCGGUAUGGGUUAUGCUGUCUUGGAAAACUAUGAUCUCAGUUAUACCGUCUUAUGGCUACCGAAUCGUUUUAUCUCGUUAAUAUUCUAUGUUUUUUGGUUUUUAUUCGUUUUUUGUAUGUUAUUAACAUUUCGUAUGAUGACUCGUUGUCCAUUUCGUAAAAUUUCGAAACGUCAACAAUAUCAACUUGUUAACAAUAAUGGUACACCUGAUUAAUAGAUAAUAAUAAUAAUAAUAAUAAUAAAACGCUCUCAAUCGUUUAAUAACUGCUAGUAUGUAGUAAAUUAUUAAAAUAAAAUAUUUAUAUAUAACUUAUUCCAAUAAUUUUUAAGUACUUAAUUAUCUAUACAAAGACAUACACAUAAAAUAUUGUCAUUUUUAUGUAACGAAUUUAUUAACAUUUUUUUGGACUAGACAUAAAAACAAUCAAUAUGUAAAAUUAGUUCCAACGAUAUAUAAAAAUUAUAUAUUUAUAGUAUUUAUAACAAAUAUAUUAAAUAGAAAAACUAUUUAAAGAAUAGCAAUAAGUUAAUGGCGUUUAUAUAACAAAAUUAGUAAAACAAAAUAUAAUCAAUUUACAACAAAAAAA